AUGAAUCCUCCUGAUAUGCGGAGUGAAGGUUUUCCAGAACCGAUGAUGGAACUUCUCAGGAAGUAUGUGUUGGGUGGGAUAGUCCACCCACUUCCAUCGGGAAUGGAGAGUAUUGAAAUUGGGCGAGUCACUAUGACGAUGUUUUACUUUGGCGCUUACAAAUUGUUGUUUCCUGAAAAGCCAUUGAAAGAUGUAGUUAACGUUGAUGCUGUAUCCAAAUACCUUCUAGAAACGUUGCGAGUGAAAUCAAAUGACCCGAGUGUAUUCAAUGGGUUCACGGGAUGCGAAGUCUUCGGGUCUUUUAAACAGGGACAUAUCAGUUACACAUACGCUGCACUUGCUUCACUCUCUCAACUUGGCUAUGACCUCCGCCGUAUUGAUAAAACGUCGAUCACAAGUACAAUUCCCAACUUAUUUAAACCUGGUAAUAAAGGGGUGUUUGCAACUAGUUUACCCGAUGAGUGUGAACAUGAUGUGCGGUUUGUGUACUCGUUGUGUGCUGUGUGCUAUUUACUCAAUGAUUGGUCUUUUGUCGAUAAAACCAAAUUAUUCGAUUUCAUCAUGUCGUGCAGAAGUUACGAUUUCGCCUUCGGACAAGUCCCACUCCGCGAGAGUCAUGGCGGGUCCACUUUUUGUGCAAUUCAAAGCAUUUCGUUGAUGGGCAUGUUAGAUAAAUUGACGUAUGUCGAUGAGUUAGUUCAAUGGUUGGUCCAAAAGAGUUACUUAGGAUUCUCCGGAAGAAUUAAUAAACCAGCAGACACGUGUUAUACCUAUUGGAUAGGCGCGACAUUGAAAACACUUGGAUGUGAGGCAUUGAUCGACAAGAAAUUCGUACUAGCAUUUGUUGAAAGUUGUGUUUCAAAGAAAUACGGCGGAGUAAGCAAAAAUGGGGAUUCUAUCCCAGACCCUAUGCACACAUUUUGUUCAUUAACGGGACUUUCGUUAAUUGGGGCGUUACCAGUUUCAUACGUGAUCGAUUCGAGAAUUGGAAUUGAACGACCGUCAUAUCUCUCUAACUGA